UCUAGGUAUCCGGUUUACCGUUUGAACCCAUCCCAAAAAACAUCCAAUAUAAAUACUCUGUUCUUGGGAAAUUAUCAGUUAGAUAGGACAGAGGCAGCGAUUGGAAAACUUCACCUGUGUGCAUAAGUCGUGAAAAGAGUGUUUGAAACGAGGAUGAAGCAAAUCAUUUGUGUGUUGGUUGUGGGUUUGGCAUGUGCUGUGUUAGCAGACAAGGAUCAGGAGGCGACAAUAUUAAAACACGAUGCCGAAGUAAAUGUUGAUGGAUCUUACCAGUUUGCCUACGAAACAUCUAACGGUAUCCUUCAUGAAGAGCAGGGCCAGCUGAAAACUGUCGGAGAAGAACAGGCUGUGGUUGCUCAAGGUCGGUUCGCUUACACCGACGGCGAAGGGAAUAAUUUCGCAGUACAGUACGUGGCCGAUGAAAAUGGAUUCCAGCCGCAGGGAGAUCAUCUGCCAACUCCACCACCAAUUCCGGAACUGAUUGAGAGGGCACUUCGAUUGCUGGCCACCAAAUCGCAGAAGAAGUAAAGACGCCAUCCAGUAGUAUUCCAACUAGUCUAACCAAAUUUGUGUUCAGAACACUUAGUCGAUAAUAACAGGUAUUCUGUUAUCGGACAGAUACCAAUAAAUCAAACAAAUAAUUAACUUA